AUGAGAAGCUCGGUUUUCUCCGGUAGAUCACCAGUGGUGACUUCUUCGCCAAGAUUCGACCAACUGCAACAACUGAGCUUCAAUCCUUAUGAAGCUGCUCGCGAACGUCAAGAGAUGUUUCAAAAAACGCCUGCUUCGCCUCGGAUUGUCAUAGAUAACGACCCAAUUGUCCCCGAGUACGCCGAAGUCAAUGUCCAUAAUAGCAAAAAAUGCAACUACAGCAUGAAAAUCGUUGUUGUUGGCGAUGGUGCCGUGGGCAAAUCGUGCUUGCUUAUAAGUUACUCCCUGAACCAGUUCCCUGAAAUCUACGUGCCUACCAUUUUCGAAAACUACGUACGAACCGUGAUGUCGCCGCUGGGCAAGACCAUCGAAUUGGCAUUAUGGGAUACCGCGGGACAAGAAGAGUACGAUAGGUUGAGACCGUUGAGUUACCCCGACGUGGACUUGCUCCUCAUCUGCUUUGCAUUGGAUAAUGUCACCAGUUUGCUGAAUGUCAAGGAGUUGUGGUUCCCUGAAGUUAACCACUAUUGCCCCGGAAUACCAAUCAUCUUGGUGGGGACCAAAUCGGACUUGCCGAGCGAUAUCCCCGAGGAGAUACCAUUGAAGAUCGCCACUGAUAUAGGUGCUAUCGCGUAUUUGAAAUGUUCAGCUAAAACGAUGCACAAUAUCAGAACCGUGUUCAAUUACGCAUUGAACCAUUUCCAAAAAAAGAUGGAAUUGCAAGAGCAGAUUGAAAAGAGUAAUAAUGGCGGUAUGAAGCGAAUAAGUAAAAGAUUCGGCUCUAGCGGCAAUCAUGACCAUUUGAGAACAAGCAGUAACACCUCGAACACUAGAAGAGGCCAUUUGAAAAAUACAAGUUAUGACUCGACUUUGCUAUUGGAUCAACCAUUAACGGAGGACUUGUAUGAGAAAAACCCCUAUGGCAACUUCGGACGAAAUAGCGGUGAAAUUUAUAAAAACACCGAGUUGGACUUCAUCAAGGAGAAGGAGAAACGGGAGAAGAAGAAGAAGAGCAAGCGAUGCGUCAUUUUAUAG